GAGGAAGGAGACUCGAGGUUCUACUGCGAGCUCUGCGACAAGCAGUACGUCCGACACCAGCAGUACGAGAACCACAUCAACUCGUACGACCACCAUCACAAGCAGCGGCUGAAGGAGCUGAAGCAGAGGGAGUUUUACCGAGCGCUGGCCUGCAGGAGGCAGAGGAGGAGGCGGGAGGAGAGACGGGAGGAGCGAGUGCUGAGGAGGCUCCAUCAGCAUGAAGAGAGGAGGACCGGACACGCUCCAGGUUCUGGUCCCAUGUUCAGGUCCACCACGGUGGCCGUCGACCCGGCCGACCAGUCCAGGCCCGACUUCGUGCAGAACUGGAGCGACGGCGGCUCGCUGGGACCAAAGCCUCCGACCCCCCUCAUCCAGCCCUUCCUUCCGCUGGAAACCAGUAUCCUGAGCAGCACCCAGUGGGAGUACGACCACGUGGACACCGGCGGCUCCACGGCUGCACCUGCUGCCGAGUCCCGCCUCCUCGACAAGACCCACCUGGACUGCGACCACCUGACGGCCACCUCCACCAAAAUCAGCCCCUUCAACAAGCUCCCCUGGGCUCACUUGAGCAGAACUCCCAGUAAAGCAGCUCAAGCGAACGGCGUCGGCGAAAACUCCGACGUGCCGUCCGUCCCCUGCAGAGUCCGACCGGUUUCCUUCUCGCUGCCCAAACGGAGCUGCGUCCUCCUGCACCAGUCGGCCGCCGUCUUCAUCCAGGAGCGGGCCAAAAACCUCGGCGAGAAACCCGCAGACCAGCAGCUCAAAUCUCCAGUUUGUGCGGACGUGGACGUUGUGGGCGUGGAUCACUGGGAUACUGGAAACCAGUGCAGCAGCGAGGACGGUAAAGCCGAGAAGGGAGCUGCAGGACUCUCUGGGCCCGGAGCCCAGGUUCCUUUAUGUAACGGAGAUGAUAGCUCCGUGGUGAGCGGGAACGAAGCCCAGCUCUCCUUAUGUAACGACGACGGGAGUCGAGCCCAAGACGGUGGCGAAACUGGGGCUCAUUUUUAUUUAAACACCGAAACACCAGAUUCGUCGUGUAAAGACAAUCAGACGGCGGCAGAUGAGUCUGUAAAGUCAACUUCUGAGGUUUUAAGUGACACUUUGGCUCAAACGCAGCCCAAAGUUUCAACUCCGAGUCGCCCCAAAGAACCGUUCUGUCGAGUCCUGAGCCGAGACGGCGGCCGGGUUCUGCUCUGGCCUACCGAGAUGGUCAGCUACACCAAGACCUCGCCCUCCGUCUCCUACAGCGUCAAUCCUCUACUGUACGACUUCAGAGCGCAUAACAAGGCCAAGGAAGGGGCUGAGGAAAAGAAAGGGGGGCUGGAGAGAAUAAAGCCAUCUGUGAUCAAACAACCCGACUGCCAACGGAGGCAGGAGGAUACGGAGGGAGGCAGGGAGGUGAAGAUAGAUGAAAGGGAAGAGGAGGAUGAAGGAGGACGGGCAGGAAAUCCGAUGGAACUUGUAGCCCGUUGUAGCGGCGGCGACGCAGUUCCGGAUGAAAGCGCUUCAAAAUUCGCUUCCGCCGAAUGCCACCAAGCGCCGACGCCGGGCCUUCAAACGCCGGCGAUGAAGAGGAGGAGGAGGAAGAGGAGGGGAGGCGUGAGGAGAGGCAUGAGGAAGAGGGGGAGGAGGAAAAGACGAGACGAUAGAAAAGACUCGGAGAGGGGAAGGAGGAUAAUAAGCAGCCUUUGUGCGAAUCAGAUGUUUGAAGGGAGAGUGGAGGAGAGGGCGAAGCGAGAGGGCAAAGACGAGAGGAGGGAAAAAGGGCUAUUAAGCAAUCUUGGUACACAUCGGCUGGUAGGAGGCAGAGAAAAGAGGAUGAGGGGAGAAGAGAGGAGGAUAAGGGGAGAUCAGACGGAGCGGGAGAGGGCAGGUAGAAAUGACGAGAAGAGGGGAGAGCUAUUAAGUAAUCUUCCCGUGAAUCGGUGUAAUCGGUGUAACCAGCUGUGUCUGCAGGUGAAAAGGGAGGCCAGCCAGCAUCAAUCCCAGCAAUCAGCCUCCGGGUGGGGCCAGGGGCUCAGAAAGCUCCUCUGCAGGGGUGCAGCAUGUAACUCAGUGAUUAGCCCCGUCCCCGGGUCUGUUAUAGAGAUGCCACGCUGUCCUGCAAUUACACCCGACCCUGCUCAGAAUGACGGGGAGACGGAGGAAGAGGAGCGACGGAAUCCGAGGAAGACGGAGAUAAAAGCCACUCGGGAUGCCGAAGACGACGCGUGCGACGCGGCGAUUAGCGAGCCGGAAAUUCGACUCGUUCCCAAACCUGGCGGAGAAGCAGCGUGCGAUCCGGCGAUUAGCCUCGUCCCCGCGUGCGGUCAAAGACAAACAAUGCCUGCAGGACGCACCGACCCAGCGUCGGACCAGACCGCACGCUGCUCGGCACAAAACACAGAAACCGACGCCGGAGAAUCCUGCAAGAGGAAGAGGAGCUCGGAGGAGGCGACGCCGAGGAAGAAACGGAAAAGAGGAAGGAGGCAGGCGAGGAGAGUCGACCUCGGCGAGGCCUGUCGGUGUCGGGAGCUCAACGGGUCGCUUUCGGACGACGCCGACUCGGUUUGCAGGACGAACUCUGAGGACGGCGAGGAAACGCUGGAGGGCCGCGACGGACAUGAAAAAGAGGAAACGGGUCAGAAGGACGAUGGUGACAAUCACAACUCAGCCGACGACAAACCUACCUGCAGCAGCACAAACUCACCUGCAGAUGAACUUUACGAACACCCUCCUACCUGUAGCACUAAAGACACGACGGACUCACACUGUCGAGGCACAAACAAGCACACAAACGGUGACGAAACCAAACCGCAGCAACAGAUUCAGCACAGAAACAGCCUCUGUGACGCAGCGCCGGACUGCAGGACGCUGAGUGUUUGCUGCAGCGCCGAUCGCUGUGGAAACGCCAGAAACGAGGAGACGGAGAGGAGCCGGGCGGAGGUGCUGAGGAGGACGGAGGAGCGAGAUCGAAGGAAGGAGGCGGACGUGGAGCACCUCUACCCGGAGAAGAG